AUGUCGCAACCUCUACCGAAUCCGAAUACAUUAUUGCCUCUUGAACUUGUGGAUAAAUGUAUAGGAUCAAGAAUUCAUAUUAUUAUGAAGAAUGAUAAAGAAAUGGUUGGAACUCUUCAAGGUUUUGAUGACUUUGUAAACAUGUUAUUAGAUGACGUGACGGAAUAUGAAUCUACACCUGAAGGCAGAAAAAUAACCAAACUGGACCAAAUACUUCUUAAUGGAAAUAAUAUAGCUAUGUUGGUUCCUGGAGGAGAAAUGCCUGGUGACUCAUAUGAAGGGCAAUGA